UUCUCUCUCUACAUCUUCCUUGCUUUCGGUGCUUUCAAAAAACCAAAUCAAAAAGCCUCUUUCUGCCUCUGAUUAACACCGCCUUCACCCUUUCAUUCCCUGCAAAAGAAGGGAAAUUUUUUUUAUCUUUUUACCUGAUCCAGUAGAAGCCUUUCAUUAUCCUAAUCUGGGGUCUCCCUUCUCUUAGUGUUAUGGUUGCUUCUUGUUCAAGAUCUUAUCUUACUCUGCUUACGAAUCAAGCUGAAAUUUUCGCCGGAAAGUGAUAGAAAAUUCUUCACCCUGGGAAAGGAAUUUUUUUUUUUUUUGUAUGUUUAAAAGUUGUAUUUGGGUGCCUGUAAUGGUUCUCUAGCAUCAAAUCUUUUGUGGGUUGAAUAAAGUUUUGAACUUUGGAUAGAACAGAGGUGAAAACAGAGAGGGGGAAGAGAACCCAUCAAUGGAUUCAACUACCCAUCAAAAUUUUGAGCUCCAGAAUCAGCAACCCAGUUCUGGGUUAUUGCGGUUUCGCUCUGCUCCUAGCUCGUUCCUCUCUAAUUUCUCUGGGAGUCUCGAUUCUGGGGUUAAUAAGGUGAGCUUGGACUCGGAGAGACUGAUUUCGAGAUUCGCGAAUUCGAGCGGAGGUGGUGGCGAUAUCCAUGACAAAUCUCGGGUUACGGCGGCGGAGGCGGUUGCUGUUACUUAUGCCAAUUCGCAGCAGAGUUAUUCUGGCUUGCCGCCGCAUUAUCCGAGACACGGCUCUGUUACGAGCUUCUCAUCGGCUAUGGAUGGCCGUUAUGAGUUUCUGGCAGCGGGUCAACAGACUCAAGGAAAAUCCGUCAGUUCGAGUCUCAUGAGGCAGACCAGCUCGCCGCCGGGGCUUUUUGCCAACAUAUCCGUUCAAGAUGGCUAUGCCACCAUGAAAGGUGUGGGAAACUACGGUGGAGUGAGUGGUUCUAAUGGAGAUGUAAGUCUUUCUUCAAACAGAUUGAAGAGUCAGUUGAGCUUCUCAUCAAGAGUUCCUUCUUCCUUGGGAAUGUUGUCGCAGAUAUCUGAAAUUGAAAGUGAAAGCAUUGAGACAAGAGUUCCUGAUGAUGACAACAAACUCAGGACUAGUAGUGGUGAUGGACGGUUUUAUGGAACCGACUUCCUAUAUGGUUCUUGGAACGAUUCUUCAAACUUCACUGAGAAUUUCUGUGGCAUGAAAAGGGAACAAGAUGACCGGAAAUUGUUUUCCAGCAUUCAGAAUGGUGAUCUUGGAGGUCGCGUUCAACUAUUAUCACACCACUUGAGUCUACCGAAGUCUUCCACUGAGAUGGUUGCAAUGGAGAAGUAUUUGCAUUUCCAAGAUUCUGUUCCUUGCAAGAUCAGAGCAAAGCGUGGUUGUGCUACUCAUCCUCGAAGCAUAGCAGAAAGGAUAAGAAGAACCCGGAUCAGUGAACGAAUGAGGAAACUGCAGGAGCUAGUUCCAAACAUGGACAAGCAAACAAACACAGCAGACAUGUUAGAUUUGGCAGUUGAUUACAUUAAAGACCUUCAAAAACAGUUCAAGACCCUAAGCGACAUUCGGGCAAACUGCAAGUGCAUAAACAUUCAGAAGCCAGUCUCAAAUCAAAUUGUUUGAUUUAGGAUAAGUGAUGGAGGAUUUGGAUAAAAUUUUGAUAUUGUCUCUUUUUUGUUGCACCAAACAAGUAAAAAGGAGAUUUUAAGAUAUUUUUUUUUUCUUUCCAGUGGGCAUGAUGUAAAAAGGGGUUGUUGGUUAGAUUGCCACCACAGUAUUCUGAUCCUGAAAGCUACUAAAAUGGAAUAAAGAGAGGAUCAAAAAAUUGUAUAGGACACCUCCUUUUAACAUAUAGUCUUUCGCAUUUUGCUUAGUGCUGUUCUGUUGAAAGCUGAAUGUUCUUGAUUACCAGGGAAAUUCUUCAUUCAUGGCAUCUUGAUGGAUUUUUUUGUCUAAAUUGUCACGGUUAUACUUCUACUCUUGUAAUGAGCCAAUAAAAGUUUAAUAAACCA